CUGUCCUUUGACCAGAUUCGUCAUAUUAGCAUCCAAAUUAGUUGCAUCGAAGGAGCAAAAAGCUUAGUGCACACCCUACACAACCACAUCCAUUACAUCUUGUCUCGACGGGAGACGGCGAUAGAGCGGGGCGACGAUGGACCUCGUCGUCGGCGCCUCGAACGACGCCGUGAAAUCCCUGGUGAACAAGCUUGGGAGCCUCCUCGCGCAAGAGUACACCUUGAUCCGGGGCGCCCGCGAUGACAUCCAGUACAUCACCGACGAGCUGGCCAGCAUGCAGGCCUUCCUCAACCGGCUGAAGCGGGCGCAAGGCAACCACGACGAGCAGCGCCUGGACUGGAUGAAGCAGGUGCGCGAGGUGUCCUACGACAUCGAGGACUGCGUCGACGACGUCGACCACCGCCUCAGCGGCGAGCCCCGUGGAAGCGGGAUACUGGUGUACCUCCGCAAGAAGUGGUACCUGGUGACCACGCUGUACGCUCGCCACUGCAUCGCCACCGAGAUCGGCAACCUCAAGACUCGGGCGCAGCAUGUCAGCGAGCGGCGAAUGAGGUACGGGGUGAAGGAACUGGAGAACAACGAUGGCGGCCCUGCCGGAGCAAUCGCUCCCCGAGACAUCAUAGCACCUCCUCCCCAGCUCAUUGGCACAACUGAGCCUGUGGGGUUGGAGGACGCCAAGAAGGAGCUCGAGCCAUGGUUUACUGAGGAGGGGCAGCAGAGAUUCCUUGCGAUUGUUGGGUUUGGUGGCCUUGGCAAAACCACGCUCGCCAUGGAGCUGUACCGUGAGUUUGGAGAAAAAUUCGAAUGCAGAGCAUUUGUGCUCGCAUCGCAGAAGUUCCAUCUCCCAACGGUUCUGAGAAGCCUCAUCAAGCAGGUCCAUGAGCAGCAGUCUAGUGCUUCCAAGAAUGACCUUGUCGGGAUCGAGAACUGGAGCGAAGAGGACCUAAAAAAGAAGCUCGCGGAUCAGCUAAAAAAGAAGAGGUACCUUAUUUUGAUAGAUGACAUAUGGUCUGUAUUUGCAUGGGAAAAUAUUAGAGAUUCUUUUAACAAGAAGAAUGAGAAGGGUGGCACCAUUGUGGUGACAACACGGUUCAAAUCUGUAUCAGAAGCUUGCCGCCGUCAUCAAGGUCAUGUCUACGAGCACCAGCCCCUUCAUGAUGGAUAUUCCUACAGCCUAUUUCUUGAAAAAAUCUCCAGUGCUGCUUCUGACCUUUGUCCUGCUAGACCUAUCAAUGGUGGGGUUAUCAAGAAGGCUUGCAGAGGUCUGCCCUUAGCGAUAGUAGUGUUGGCAGGUCUAGUGGCAAGUAAAAUGAAAUCAGAGUCUAAAACAAACUUGGAUGAUCAUUUGGCUCAAGUGGGCGAGGAUUUAAGUAAAUUGUUGGGGAAUACUCUCCCCACAGAAGGAGUGACCCACAUACUGAGCCACUGCUACGACCAUUUACCGCCAGAUCUGAAGACCUGCUUGUUGUACAUGAGCAUGUUUCCCAAGGGUUGCCAAAUCAGCAGGAAGCGUCUGAUCAGAAGAUGGAUAGCUGAAGGGUUCAUCUCUGAUAAACAUGGGAAGACUGUCCAGGAAAGUGCCGAAGAUUGUUUUGAUGAACUCAUUAGCAGCAACCUGAUCCGAGCAGUCAACAACAGCAGCAAUGGCAAGGUGAAGAGCUGCCAGAUUCAUGACAUGGUUCUCGAGUACAUCGUUUCCAAGUCAAGUGAUGAAAAUUUCAUCACUGUGGUUGGCGGUCACUGGCAGACGCCGUUUCCAAGCUACAAGGUGCGCCGCCUGUCCGUCCAAAAGAGUGAUGGGAAAGAGAAGGAAAAGGUGGAGAGGAUGAAAUUGUCUCACGUCAGAUCCUUAACGGCACUAGGAAGUUUGAGAGCGCUUCACUCUACUUUGCACAAGUUUCAGAUACUGCAGGUGCUGGAUCUUGAAGGUUGCAAGGAUUUGUCCUUCAAGCAACUCAAGAAAAUAUGCAACAUGCAUCAGCUCAAGUACCUGAGCCUGCGCCAGACGGACGUCAAGGAGAUCCCAUCGAAAAUUGGCAGGCUGGAAUCUCUGGAAGUACUUGACAUAAGGGAGACGAGCAUCAUAAAAUUGCCUGCGUCUGUUGAUAAGCUUCAGAAAAUGGAGCAUUUACUUGCUGGCAACAAGAACAAGCGGCAUGCACUGAAAUUAACUGAAGGAAUCACAAAGAUGGUGGCUUUACAGACAUUAUCUGGGGUUGAGAUCUGCACUGGCUUUUCUAUGGAACUGCUUAGAGCCUUGCAAAACCUUACCAACCUGAAGAAAUUCACCAUCUACAAGGUCGGCUGCACAACCGACAACUACGAGUUACUGUUGUCCGCCAUUGAGCAUCUGAGCAGUUGCUCCCUCAAGUAUCUUGCAAUUGACGAUGAUUUCACGGGAUUUCUUGACACCUCACUGAAUGCUUCACAAGCCCCACCGGAGCACCUGCACACCCUCGGCCUCUCUGGCAAGUUGUCUCAAGUGCCCAAGUGGAUUGUCAGUCUGCACAACCUUGAGAAGCUAACCUUGUCGUUAACUUCACUCACUACGGAUACUCUGCUAGUUCUUGCUGAAGCUGAACUGCCCGAGCUGUUUUCUCUCAUUUUCUCACUCGACUCAACCAAGAUGGAUGCAAGCGUCCUCAAGAUCCUACACGAUAAUACACUUAAGUCAGGUGGGAUGAUCUUUGUGCCAUCUGGGGGAUUCACAAAUCUUAAACUGCUAUGCUUUGCGGCACCUGUGCUUCCACCUCUGAGCUUCCUGGAAGGGGCAAUGCCGGGGCUUCAGAGGAUUGAACUGAGGUUCAGAAUGGUGGAGGGUGUUUACGGACUUGAAAACCUUGAAAGUCUUCAGCAGGUGCAUCUGACUAUCAGCAGUCAGGCGCCUGAAGAUGCCAGGACAAAGGCGUCACAUAUCAAGAAAUUAGCGAGCAAGAUUCAUCGUAAGCCUUCCCCCAGUGUGGUUCUCGAUGAGUACAACGAAUCAUCAGAACAGAAGUAGAUUAUUUAGUCAUAAUGCCCCUAAUUCCACUUAGCUUGCCAUCGCUGUGUUUUUACUUGUAAUACGUUACUACAUUGGUGGUGCAUUUCUUGUACAAUUUUAUUUCUUCUGAACGAUUACCAAUUAUCAAGGUUACUUUUUUUCUGGA